CGCCGUACAUUCUGAUUGGAUUUUUAAUUUCUGAAGUCACAAAUAACAGUUUGGUUGAGAUUAGUUGCCAAAAAAUAGCUAGUUUGGUUGAGAACGCGUGACAGCCUGAUACACUGGUGAACAACCUGAUUCUGAACCAUUCUGAUUUGACAUUACAAAUUCGAUCUGGAACUGAUGAUAUGAUAAAGCAGUAGUAUAACGCAAUGUGGACUUGGAUCUAAUCCCAAGUUUUAAAUAGAGAGACAGAUAGCUGGAUGAUGAUGAUGAUCACUAAGAUCAGUUUUAAUGAAGAGUUUAUGGACAGCUUCAUGUAUUAAAUUUUAUGUCGUAUUAUCAAUUUUGCUGAUAUAACAAGGAGAGAGAAUGAGAGAGUUUCAUGUGAUGAGAUAGAGAAUUUUCAUCCUCAUAAAAACACAACCGGCACAAUAUCUAAUUUUUAGUCCUAGUAAUCGUGCUUUAGUUGUGGUAAGUGUGCCAUGAAACACUAAGACUGGUCUAAACUUCACAUUGUACGACCAUUUAAUUUGAUUUGAGCUGGAGCGCGUAACUUGCAUGUUUCACAGUUUCAAGUUGUAGUGACGUGACUAGAAAUCCGAUAUUAGCAAAAAGGUUAUGGGGCGGCAAAGUUCAUCGUGAAAAUGUCGCAUAAAUUCAGCUCAAACAUAUAUAUUUCUUGGGAGAUUGGAAAGCAGUUAACCGGCAUGAGCAUUUGCUGGCAGUCAUUUUGCAUGCUAGAAGAUCGGAGCGUGCGCCAAUAAUGCAAAUUUAGAAUCUUAGCUUGUUGCAGUUGUGUCUACGGUUUUAGUUAAGGCAACCGGCUAGAUUUUUUGGGGGCAUGUAUCAAUAAUAAUUCAAUACAGAAUGGAGCUCUACCGAUUCGCUCUUUCUUGUUGGUUUGAGAACCAACUAUAUAGUAUGUUGGUGGAAAAUAUUUUUCGGAGUGAAGAAGUAUUACAACAGCCAGCACAAGGAAUGUUCAAGAUAGAUCACGAAGCAAAACAAGAGUUUACAAUGCAUUCAUUCAUAAGACUUCAAACCAACCGUCCUAUUAGUUAUAGUUACAUGGAUAUUUUUAAGGUCCCUCUCAACUACCCUAAACCUAAGGUUACACCUUUUUACCCUUCAAUUGCUAUAUUUCCACGGAUAUCCUAUGGGUGCAUAUGGUAACUUUCGGAUUUUUAUCCAGUCCCAUCGGCAGGGGCGAAGCCAACCAAGAACGCUGCCGGGGUCGGCUUCCUUACACGAUAUAGGGUCGGCUCCAUUAUGGAACAAUAUAAAACAGUAAUUUACCACUGAUUUUGCAGUCACACAGCUUCGCCCCUUGGCUUCGGCCCUUCGGCCUUAAAACUUGGGCCCUUUGGCCCCUCCGGUUUUUUCUUCUCGGUCAGGACCUCCGGGUCACUCCUUUGUCGCGCUGAUGUGGCUGUCGAGCUGGGCGAAGAUUUGUACCCUUCUGCUCACAACCGAAGGUGGUGUCCCCAACAUACUAAACCCUCAAUCGUGCGAAUCAUGCAUAAGAAGGGAAUAUACCUUGCGCCGCACUAAACCUGCAGCACGUUCAUGGACAUCAUUGUUCGUUAUACCACAUCCACAAAAAUUUCAUAGGGCCACAAGACAUGACCAGCCAACCACAACCUGGGACCUAAAUUGUCAGCUAGCAGUGGGGCAGAGCCGCAGAGGAAAGAAGAGCGCGACAUCAUGCCCAAGUCUUCUUCGUUCCCACACCUCUCUCAUCUGGCAUGUGUGUAUGUGACUCAGCUCCUAUCUCAGCUCGGCUCCUCCCGUCGUUUUCUCGCCACAUUUACACGCUCCCGAGCCGCCGUAUCCCAAUACACGCCCGCAACGCACCAAACACCUCCCAGUCUCCCAGAGCUUCACUCCUCUCUGCUCCAUCUCUCCCACUGAAGACUACUAAACCAUGGGGGCGUCCAAGAAGCCGCCGUUCUCGGCCACGCCGAGCGCCGGCAGGGAGAGCGUUGCAGCCGAGGAGGCCCUGCUUCUGCCGGAGCACGCGGGGCCGGCCGCCCCAGCCGGCGGCGGCUCGGCGUCGGUGCUGGGCGCGGUUUUCAACGUGUCGACGAGCGUGGUGGGCGCCGGGAUCAUGUCGAUCCCGGCGGCCAUGCGCGUGCUGGGCGUGGCGCCGGCGGCCGCGCUGAUCGCGUGCGCCGCGGUCCUGGCGGACGCCGCCGGCGGCUUCCUGCUCCGGCACACCCGCGGCGCGCCGUCGUACGCGGCGCUGAUGGGGGACGCGUUCGGCCGCGCGGGGGCCGCGCUGCUCAACGUGUUCGUCGCCGCCAACGCCGUCGGGACCCUCACCGUGUACCUCGUCAUCGUCGGGGACGUGAUGUCCGGCGCCGCGGGCGGCGGGGACGCCCACGCCGGGGUGCUGCAGGAGUGGUUCGGGCGCCGCUGGUGGACUGGACGGGAGGGGGUGCUGGUGGCGGCCGCGGCCAUCCUCCUCCCUCUCUUGCUCCGCAAGCGUGUCGAUUCGCUAAGGUUCACGUCGGCCCUCUCCAUCCUUCUAGCGGUGGUGUUCAUGCUCAUCAGCCUGGGGAUCUCGGUGUACGCGCUGCUCAAGGGCACGGCGACCAUGCCGCGGAUGCUCCCGGACUUCUCCAGGCUCUCCUCCCCGUUCGAGCUCUUCACCGCCGUCCCCGUCAUCGUCGUCGCCUUCACCUUCCACUUCAACGUGCACCCGAUCCGCGCGGAGCUGAGCAAGGCGUCGGACAUGAAGGCGGCGGUGCGCAUCUCCCUUGUGCUCUGCGCCGCCAUAUACGCCGCCGUGGGCUUCUUCGGCUUCCUCCUCUUCGGGGACGCCACCAUGGCCGACGUGCUCGCCAACUUCGACCGCAGCUCGGGCGCCGGCGUCCCGCAGGCGCUCAACGACGCGGCGCGCCUCAGCUACGCGCUGCACCUCGUGCUCGUCUUCCCGCUCCUCUUCUUCUCGCUCCGGGUCAACGUCGACGAGCUCCUCUUCCCCGGCAGGCGCCCGCCCGUCGCGGACACGCGCCGGUUCGUGUCCCUCACGGCCAUGCUCGUGGCGGUGCUCUACGCGCUCGCCAUCGCCAUCCCCAGCAUCUGGACGCUCUUCGAGUACUCCGGGUCCACGUUCGCGGUCACCAUCUCAUUGAUAUUCCCUGGCGCCAUUGUUCUCAGGGAUGUUCAUGGAAUAGCAAAGCGGAAGGACAAGGCUUUGGCAGCGACGAUGAUCAUUCUGGCGGUGGUCACGAGCAGCAUCGCCAUUGGCUCAAACAUCAUGAGCACUAUCAGCGACAAAGUCAGAGGAGGCCCUGGAGCUAGAACUAGCAGAUGAUAGUUCAGAUGAAUCGAAGUGUUAAGGGUUUGUGUCCUUAGAGAGAAUGAGAUACUGCUACGAUUCAUGAGAUGCAUGUUGUAGAUGUGUGUAAGGAAAUACCUGCCGGCCAUUGUUGUAUAUUUGUACUGAUGAGUGGCGAAUUGGCGAUACAUGUACCAUGUAUAAUAGCAAUAGUAAUCUCUACUCCUAAAAAGUUUCAA